GGGGGAGUGGCGUGCGAAAUGACGCAAGUGCCCCCGCUUUCCUCUCCCGAGGACGCCCGAGCAUCCCCUUCCCAAUCUCGCUCGUCGUCUCUGCCGUGCUCCAUAUAUCCAUCCAUCUCUCUCCUCGCAUCCUCUUCUCUCUCCUCCCAAAUCGCCAUUUUUUUCUUCUCUCCUCGUUCACCCCACCUCAGAUCGAGACCAAACCCCACGCCGAGCCCCCGUCUCUGACCCGACUUCUGAAUCCCAAAAUUUUCCUAUCAAAUCGCCCGCCGUUGGAGUCGAUUCGGCCGAAUUCGAGCUCCGAUCUACGGUUUCCGGAGAGGCGUGUCGUCCGAAUCGUCGAAUUCGGGUGAUCCUGAGGUGCAUGGAGGAAGCCCCCUCGGAUCCAGGGCCCCGAAGCUAGGAUUGCCGUCGGUGGAUUCAGCGGCGUCGGUGGCGGCGAUCUGGUGAUGGUGCAGCGCGGCGCCGGGAGUCGGCGAGGAGGGAUCGGUGGCAGGGAAGAUGCAAGGCUAUGCAUGGGCGGUGCGAAGGCGGUGGUGAGGGGUGCGGCAAGAGGCGGCGUCUCGUUCGGCACAUGUGGCCAGCAACUCGCGUAGAGGCAGCUCCCCCACCGGCACAGGGACCAGCUACUCUCCCUUCCAGCUCCUCUGUUCCUCCACCCUCGACAACCUCUUAUCCACCUUCGCCGACGACUCCCCCAGCAUCGGCACAGAAGCAGGAGCGCCUCGAUUCUCCUCGGCCGGUGUCGCCGGAUUCCUUCGUAAAGGACGGGCGUGAGAUUCGAGUUGGCGAUUGCGCUCUUUUUCAGGCUAACCAUGCCCCUCCUUUCGUUGGAUUGAUACGUUGGAUUGAGAAAAAGGAAGAAGGUUAUCCCAAGCUACGUGUAAGUUGGCUUUAUAGGCCUGCCGACGUUAAACUCAACAAGGGCAUACAACUCAACGCGGCGCCAAACGAGAUCUUCUAUUCUUUUCACCAGGACGAGACAUCUUCUGUCUCACUGCUGCAUCCUUGCAAAGUUGCCUUUUUACGUAAAGGUGUUGAGCUGCCAACUGGAAUUUCUUCAUUUGUAUGUCGCCGCGUGUACGAUAUUGACAACAAGUGUUUGUGGUGGCUUACUGAUAAGGAUUAUAUUAAUGAACGACAGGAAGAAGUAAAUAGGCUUCUAUACAGAACAAGGCUAGAAAUGCAUGCUGCAGUGCAGUCAGGUGGACGCUCACCGAAGCGACUCAAUGGUGCAUCAGCUGCUCAGCAGAAGUCCGGUCCAGAUGGCACCCAAAACUGUGCUUCAUCGAGAGGAAAGAAGAGGGACAGAGGUGAGCAAGGAAAUGAUCCAGCUAAAAGAGAUCGUGAUCGCUCCCUUAAGGUUGAUGAAAGCGAGCCUGGAAACUCCAAGGUGGAGAACAUGAAGUCCGAAAUUGCAAAGAUUACAGAAAAAGGUGGGCUUCCGCAUGCUGAAGCUGUUGAGAAGUUAGUUCAUCUCAUGCAACUUGAUCGAACUGAACGGAAGAUAGACUUUUCAGGCCGGGUAAUGCUUGCAGAUAUUAUUGCAGCCACAGAAAGUCCUGAUUGCCUUGGCAGAUUUGUGCAACUAAGGGGCCUUCCGGUAUUGGAUGAUUGGCUUCAAGAGGCUCAUAAAGGGAAGUCUGGUGAAGGGAGUAGUCCUAAAGAAACUGACAAGCCUAUUGAAGAAUUUCUUUUUGCUCUACUUCGUGCACUAGCUAAAUUGCCUAUUAAUCUCACUGCCUUGCAAAGUUGUAGCAUUGGGAAAUCUGUCAAUCAUUUGCGCAGCCAUAAAAACUUGGAGAUUCAGAAGAAGGCUAAAUGCCUUGUUGAUAACUGGAAGAAGCGUGUUGAUGCUGAAAUGAAGUCAAAUGAUGUGAAAGCUGCAGCAUCAGGCCAAGCUGUACCCUGGCCAGGGAAAGCAGGGUUUGCAGAAAUUUCUAAUGCUGGAAAUAGACGAAGUGGCUCAAGCGAGCCCAAUAUGAAAAACCCAGUGUCACAGGUGUCUUCAUCAAAGCCUUUGACUGCUAAAUCUGGUGGUGCUGAGGCUGUUGUGAAGUUGACUCCUGCAGUAUCUGGUUCUUCAAAAUCACCACAUUUACAACCAGCAAACGUGGGAACCAAUUCAAAGGACCAACCCUGCAAAUCAACUGGUGGGACUGGUGGUUCUGAGUUGCCUACUGUGAAAGAGGAUAGAAGCAGCAGUUCGAGCCAAUCACUGAACAAUAGCCAGUCAUGCUCUAGUGAUCAUGCAAAAACAAUUGGUUCUUGCAAGGAGGAUGCGAGAAGUUCAACUGCUGCUUCUGGUAAUGCUAGUAAGAUUUUUGGAGGCUCUUCACGUGGCCGUCGAAGGGCGAACAAUGGGCAUCUUGGUUCUGGAAUCCAGAAGGAAGUUGCUGCCGGAAGAUUUGUGUCAUUUGAUCGUUCAUCUUUGCCGGAAAAGUCAUCACAAUCUGGAAUGGCAUGCGAGAAAGGAGGUGACACACCAUCAGAUCAUGCCAAUAGCCAUAGAUUGAUUGUUCGGUUUCCAAAUCCAGGACGUAGCCCUGCUAGAAGUGUAAGUGGGGGCUCAUUCGAAGACCCAUCUGUUACUGGGAGUGGAGCUUCAUCUCCUGUGCAUGCAUAUAAACAUGAACAUGAUGAUCGUAGGGUGAAAAUGAAGACUGAACAUUCUCGGCCUCAUUUAGCUUUGGAUGCUAAUGCUGAGUCGUGGCAUAGCAAUGAUAUUAAAGGAACUGCAGGCUCCGAGGAAGGUGAUAAAUCACCAUGUGCUACAAUGGAGGAUGACCACAGCAUGAUAGCUGAAGAAGCUGGUAAAGAUGCAUCCAGAGUUGCAUCCUCAUCGUAUGUGAAUGAAAAAGGUGCCUGCUCAAGUGAAACCAGGGCAAAAAACCCGUUCAACCCAAUGAGUGCUUUGAUUGAAAUAAAAUAUUCUGAGGCUGGUCCUUCAUUGCAAGCUGGAGAUGACACGGCGAUGAAUCUUCUUGCUAGUGUUGCUGGGGAGAUGUCUAAAUCUGAAUUGGUUUCCCCAUCUGACUCACCAAGAAAUUCAUCUGCAAAUGAAGAGGGCUGUGAAGGUGACAACAUUGGGAAGUUAAAAGAAGAAAGUGAUGUGGACCCAUCUCAGUAUCCAGGGACAUCAGGUGAGGUUGGUAAAGUCACGGCGGAGAAGCAAGAGAAAAAUGAUGCUUUUUUGGUUGCAAAGGAGGAACGAGACCAGAUGGCUACUGGGACAUAUCCUAUAUCUGGAACGGAUUCUAAAGCAUUUGAAUCUUCAGCUAAAACUGUGAACCAUGAAGAGGAGCGCACCAGCCGAUGUUCUUCUCUUCCGGCUUCAGUUGAUUCACAAGGUGUUGGACAUCAAAACUCACAUGCAAACAAGCCAAUUGAUAUCAUGGCUAAUAUAAGGUCUAAUAUGAAUUCAUCUGCAGGUGAACAUACUGCCCGAGAAAAAGUCGAAGAUGGUUGUUCAAGCAGUCCUGAUGUUGUUGAUGCUACAUUAGGUGGUCAAUGCAGUUUGGUUUUGUCAAACAAAAAGCCAGAAUUGCUCCCUGCCGAGGAAUCUUCAUUGUCUGCCGGUAAACAACACCAAGGUUUGAAGUCAAAUCAUCAAAAUCAGCUUGUGGGUGUACCUGAUCACACAGAAGCCAUUGAUAGAUGUGGUGAAAGUACUGCUGGUAGUUUGGAUUUGAAGUCUGCAGUUCCAUUUGAGUCUACUGAGGUGAAAAAGGGUGAUGGCUUGGGGGUUGCUAACAUAGCGCUGAAAGAGGAGGAAAAGAAGGAACAGUGUUCUUCCACUUCAGUUGAUGUUACCAAACCAGUUGUGUCAGCAGCGCCAGCACUUGGUGUGGCGAAUGGGAUAAACAAGACUAAAGAAUCAAAAGACAGUUCUAGUGAAUCAAGUAGUCAUGUAAAUCCUUGUGGCAUGGCAUCUCAGGAAGCUGCACAUAGUACGAGACACAGUUCAGAGAAAUCCAGCGAUGAUGAGGUUGGGAAAGAGGAUCUUGUCUCAUCAGAUGAGGGUUCUUCUUUUGCUGCUAAAGGCAAGUCAAGUACCGCAGCCAAGCUUGAUUUCGACUUAAAUGAAGGGAUACCUGGAGAUGAGGGGCAUCAGUUUGAGCCAGCUAGCUCUCCUAUGAUAUGUUCUUCAGUUCGCUUGCCUUGUUUUUCUCCAUUUGUAUCGCCUAUUUCAAGUGGGCUGCCUGCUCCAAUAACAGUAGCUGCUCCAGCUAAAGGACCUUUUGUUCCGCCUGAGAACCUUCUAAGAGUGAAGUCUGAAACCGGUUGGAAAGGCUCAGCAGCUACAAGUGCAUUCCGUCCUGCAGAACCGAGGAAGAUUUUGGAGAUGCCCCUUGCAACACCUGACAUUCCGGUAUCUGGUGGUUCAAGGAAGCAGUCUCGCCCGGCGUUUGACAUUGAUUUAAAUGUAGCAGAUGACCAAGCCCUCGAGGAAGAUGUCCCACAGAGUUCUGCUCAGACAACUGGUUCUGAAUCUGGAAACACUAUAAGUCGUGAUGGGCCUCUACGAAGUGCUGGCAUUGAGUUUGACUUGAAUAGAGCUGAUGAAGUUGCAGAGAAUGGCCAAGUUUUGUCUAUGUUUCCAGCGAGGCCGUUACCUGAACUUUUCUCUAAUACUGAUAGAAAUAGCUUGAGGAACUUUGAUCUCAAUAAUGGACCAAGCCUGGACGAAGCUGGCACUGAACCUGCACCUAGGAGCCUAGCAUCAAAAAAUUCAAGCAGUAUACCAUUCCUACCUCAAGUUGCUGGCAUUAGAAUGAAUAAUGCUGAAACGAGUAGUAUAUCACCAUGGUUUGCUUCUGGAACGCAUGGUGCUCCUGUAGCUAUACAAUCUUUUUUGCCUGCUAGAGGAGAACAGCCUUAUCCAAUUGAGGCAGCACCUGGAACCCAGAGGAUUAUUGCAUCAGCAGCAGACAGUGGCCAAUUUGGAAAUGAUUCCUCCAGAACGCCAGUUAUUUCAACAUCACCAACCAUGGUGUUUCACCCUCCUGCAUAUCAAUAUGCUGGGUUCCCUUUCACUCCCAAUGUUCACCUUCAAGCACCAGGGUUUUCGAUCGGAUCGACAUCUUUUGUGAAUUCUGCGCCUGCGGGUGUUUCGUAUUUCCCUACCAUUACCCCGUCACUUGUUGGACCCACAGGUGUAUUACCUGGCCAGCAUGUAAGGCCAUAUGCAAUAAACCUUCCUGAAGGUAGCAGUGGUGGUGGACAUGACAUUAAUCGGAAAUGGGGAAGACAAGGGCUCGAUUUAAAUUCUGGCCCUGGAAUUAUUGAAGUAGAAGGAAAGGAUGAACGGAUGCCUUUACCAGUUAGGCAAACUUUGAUAACGCCACCACAUGCCCUUGUGGAGGAUCAAGCAAGAAUUUACCAAAUGCCAGGUGUAGGAAUAAAGAGGAAGGAGCCAGAAGGCAGUUGGGCUGCAGAAAGAUCACAACACAAGCAAUUAUCAUGGCAGUGAACUCUUUAGGAGAUGGUUUUGCUGCGACUUGAGUGUCCAGUGAGCUUAGUCCAACUGCAUCUGGAAUUGCUGGAAUAUACUACUCAGAAAUGCAUCCAUCCCUGUGAUGUGAAUUGUGAUGGGAAACAAAACUUUGUUGUAAUUGCUGUAAAUGUUCACCAUAUUCCAUGCUUUUCUUGAACAAUUCUCCUUGGCAUCGGCAGUUGCUUUGCUAGGUUUUGUCAGCUGUUAGGCAUGCUUCUAAUUUACUCAGCAGGGUAUGGCUUUGGUGAUGGAAUGGUAAUGGUCUUGAGCCUCUUCAACAUCGGAAACCGUUGUAAUUAGGUUCAAUCGUUUGUUUUAGUUUCUUACUUUCACCUUGUUGAGCACACCCUGCAGCUUUACAUAAAUUUCAGAUGUGACAUGUAUUUUGUGCGGAAGUGUUGCAUCAGUUGACAAUGUAACAGUAUCAAGUACUUACAAGUA